UUGGAGCCUGAGACCACUUGGCUUGCCCGACAUCCCGGUUCUGCACCUCUUCAGGUGUCUAUACCUUCAGUUCCGGAACGCUCGGAGUGGCGACUGGAUGGACGCAUGCUUCCUCUCAACAUAACACUCUCCACCACUGCUGGUGAACUAAAGGCAUUGCUACAACGUGCCACUAAUAUGCCCACGGCCAAACAGAAGCUGCAUUAUGAGGGACUGUUUUUCAAAGACACCAACUCGUUGGCGUACUACAAUGUACCUCCUGGAGCAGUCAUACAUUUGCAGGUGAAGGAACGAGGCGGUCGUAAGAAGUAA